AUGCAGUUCAGCAAGGCUCUUUUGGUGAUCUCUGCCGCCUUCGGGCCAUUGGCGCUCGCCGCCCAGGAGGCCGCUGCGCCAACCACCAGCACCAUUACGCUCCAGAUUGUCAACGCUCACUCUUCCUCCUUCGCGACUCCAUCUCCAUCCUCGAUUCCUAUCUACAGCAGCACGCCUGUCGCCUCUCCCUCUGGUGGCCUCCGUAUCCCCGGGCCUGGCCGCUGGAACGCUACCAGCUCCUCCUUCUCCAAGGUCACCACCCCGGCCGUUGCCAAGGGCCCUUCUGAGACCACCGCUGCUGCUGCGUCCUCUUCUGCUCUUGUCGGUGCUGCCCCGGCUGUUCAGUACUCUGGCGCGAUGGCCGCUGGUGUCAUGGCUGUCGCCGGUCUUGUCAUGCUUUAA